AUGGAAACUAAUGGUGGAAGAGGAGAAGUAAGAAGAGUGAAAUUAGUUUAUUUCAUUAGCCGUUCGGGUCACGUUGACCAUCCUCAUCUCUUGAGUGUUCAUCAUAUCUCUCGUACUGGAGUCUUUCUUCGAGAUGUGAAGCGAUGGUUAGCGGAUGUACGAGGCGAUGCAAUGCCGGACGCAUUUUGUUGGUCGUGUAAAAGGAGGUAUAAGAAUGGAUAUGUAUGGCAAGAUUUAGCGGAUGACGAUCUUAUUACUCCCAUCUCCGAUAACGAAUAUGUCCUCAAAGGAUCCGAAAUCCUUCUAAGCAAUCCAAAAGAGGAUUCUCUUCAUGUGGAGAAGAAAGCUUGGGGAACAAGAAACGGUGGAAUAGACACGAAGGAAAAACUCCUUAAGUCUAAAUUAACCUCGGAGAUGAUGGUCCGCAAAGAAUCUCCUGUCUUCUUCUCUCAGAGAUCGACGGCGACAACGUCGACUGUCACCGACGAAUCCAUCGCGAACGAGGAAGAAACGAUCGUUCUUAAGAAAACAGAUCCGAAAAAAGUAUCCGGCGAAAGGAACGGGUCGGGUAAUGACGAGGAGUCGGGUCGACCCAGUGUGUCUUCGACGACGUCGUCUUCGAGUGAUAUUAAGGGUAAGAGCUAUUCGAGCGCGCGUGCCUCGAACGUGUUGCGGAACUUGAUGAAGUGUGGUGGUUUGGACACAAACGAUGCCGUUUUGGUGCCUUUGAGCAAGUCUAGGUCUGGGGCUUUUGGUGCGGCUUGGGAAGAUGAACGCAGAUACCAAUACCACCAACAGCACAAUGCUCGGUACGCUCCAAAGUACUCAUUACUCGAUAAAAGAUAA